CUUAAAUUAUCGUUGUUUUUAACUCUUCACUAACUAAAUGUGAUAGGCUGUCAUAUAACGUUAGCCUAGCUUAAAAAAGUGCCACAAUGCCUCUGUCAACGCAGUUGCAAGCCGAUGAUGAACAAUACGUUUUAGUGGCCAGUUUGGACAAUGCUCGCAGUCUGUCCAAUUUACUGAAAGCCAUCACAUUCAAAGACCACGCCAUCUUCAGCGCCACACCCAAUGGCCUAAAGGUCACUGUGGAGGACUCCAAAUGUCUGCAAGCCAAUGCCUUCAUCCAGGCGGAGAUCUUCCAAGAGUUCACCAUACGGGAAGAUUCGGUGGGUUUCCAGGUCAACCUCACAGUUCUGCUGGACUGCCUUAAUAUCUUUGGAGGAACCGCAGUACCUGGAGUGUCAACAGCCUUGCGGAUGUGCUACAGGGGGUACGGUUACCCCCUCACGCUGUUCCUGGAGGAGGGUGGGGUAGUGACUGUGUGCAAGAUCAACACGCAAGAACCAGAGGAGCCAGUUGACUUUGAGUUCUGCAGCACCAAUGUAACAAACAAGGUGAUCCUGCAGUCAGAGAGUCUGAAGGAAGCCUUCUCUGAGCUGGACAUGACCAGUGAGGUGCUACAGAUCACCAUGUCCCCCAGCCAGCCAUACUUUAGAUUGUCUACAUUUGGGAACUCUGGAAAUGCCCAUUAUGACUAUCCCAAAGACUCUGACAUGAUGGAGCUGUUCCGAUGCGACAAGACACAAACCAACAGGUACAAGAUGUCCCUCCUGAAGCCGUCCACCAAAGCCCUGGCUUUGUCCUGUAAAGUCUCUGUGAGGACAGACAGCAGGGGCUUCCUGUCUCUGCAGUACCUGAUCAGAAACGACGACGGACAGAUCUGCUUUGUGGAAUACUUCUGUUGUCCUGAUGAGGAGGUGGAGGAGGAGUGACUAUAGUCUGUUGAAUGAACUUCAGGGGGGACCAUUCACUUUGAAUGAGUGGGAAAAGUCUGCGGUGCAGACAGGUAAUAAAUGCUGGACGUUAUAGGCAUAAUGAAUAUUGGGGAAGGUUGCAUUGUUUCAACAAAAUAACCAGGUUCAUCGUUUGCCAACAGUCUUUUGAGUGGAGCAUUGCACUGGAUUUGUGGAGUGAUAAUGUCACCUACUUGGUCUUGUUAGACCAUUAUCAUAGAAAGUACAUAGUCAUAGACAGAUAGGGAAAAUGAUUGUAUGUACAGUCACUGUAUAUAUUGUAUUAUUGUGCAUCCAUGGAGUUCCAGGUGUUUUGAGUCAGAAAACAUUGCCUGUAAUUUCUUGAACCCACAUGGUUUGUAGUCCAGUUCAGGCCACAGUCUGUACAGAUUUGUUUCUGGAGCUUCUUCUGCCUUUUGUCCCCUGACAUGCAGUGAGCUGGUCAACGGCCCAUAAAAUAUUUAAGACAGUCGUUUUCCUUUUUCUGUACAGUAGGUCUGCACUCCACAGGCCUUUGACUUCUAUGCACAAGCAUUGCCAUAACUGUCCUUCAAGUUUAAUGUGUAUGCCGACACCUUUGACAAGCAUUUGUUGGAAGUAUACAUCAGAUGACGCAGAAGAAGUUCAAAUUGUUUUAUUUUCAUGACAUUGAAAACAAUUGUGGUCACUCAAAAUCAAUAAACAAGUUGUUUUUUUACAUUGAUGGAAUAUUUGUUUAUCAAAAAGGAUGGGAAAAUAUUUCUUUUCAGUAUCGUAGUUACAAAUGGUACAGUCUUUCUGAGGGAGGGAGCAUAAAACAUAUUGUGUGAAUCCACAAACUAUGGCAACAGACAUUGAAGACAACACGUGCAUCUUUAAAAUGUUCUCGAAUUCUGUCACGUGAUAAUUAAACGACGUGUUGUACAGUUUCAGGUCUUUUCUUUUACCCUAACAAAGCUCAUAAUAUUGGACCGCACUGUUGCAUUACCACAUUUGCUUGAGACAACAUUGAAUCAUGGCCGCAGUAAGCCAUUCACUCGGCACGACAGUCCAUCCAGUUACCUGCGUGCCAUCCUUUGUCU